AGUUUCCUGCCCAGGGCGCCAUCUUUGGUUUUAUUGUGAACAAGGCGACGCGUUUUUCACAAAGUUUUCGCAUCAAUUUACCCCAUUUGCUGGGAUUUGUGUGACCCCAUUUGAUUUGUUUCCGUGCAUUGUGCAUCCUGUGCGUGUGCUUCCGGAAGCACGGAUUUUACAGUAAAAUGACAAAGGAGGUGACAGAGGUGGAUCCGGCGGAUAUUGCAAAGCAUCCCGAUGCGAUUAAAAAAGCUCUAGAUGAGAUUAGCAGCCUGGAUGUACUUGUGUGUGGGACCUGCCACACGGCUUUUCAUCACGUUGAAGCAUUCACAGAGCACAAAGCUGGGAAAUGCACGAAGAAUUCCGGAUUGAAGGAAUGCCGUGAGACAAAGCCCAAAGUUUGGGCUUUCUUGCUGUGGAAGGCGUGCCAGAAGAAGACUGAGGAGGACCCAACGACAAAUUCGUGGAAAUUGUACCAGACAUGGGUUAAAUUGGAUGAAAGUGUCCGGGAAACGUGGAUUGUGGCAGGGAAAACAAUCCAAUCAUUUGCCAGAUUGGGUCAGGGACAAGUACAAGAGAUGCCCGUGAAGGUGGUGAAGCAGAUUGUUGAUUCUCCCAAAUCUGACUCAACUCCACCUCCGGUAGUGAAUCGCGGAGGGCUCAUAAAGCGCCCCUUGGGGCUACCAUCGAAGAAGGCAGAGAGUGAGCAGGAUAAUGAUACAGCAACGGAUGAAGAUGUCUCCCCGAAGCGUCUUCCGGCGCUGCAGCUGCAGCAAGUUGUCCGGAAGCCCUUGGCAAAGCCCGUGACGCGUUCCCCGGGGCAGUUGCUGAAUAAGAAUGUUCCUCGUUUGGCAACGCGCACCAUGGCGCCGGGAGAGACGGAGGAGCACACAGUGGAUAAGAUUCUAGCGAAGAAAUUCAAUCCGCGCAUCCGGGCGUUUGAGUAUCUCAUCAAAUGGGUUAAUUUCUCUCAUGAGCAGAACACGUGGGAGCCACAGCAGCAUCUGGACAAGUGCACAGUGCUCCUCACUGCGUUUGAGAAUCAGCUGGCACUGCAAAAGGAGCAACGUGCUGCCAAAGCGGCUGAAGAAGCAAAAGCUUCGGACGGAGAUAGUCCAACGCGGCUAAUAAGAACGGUCAAGAAGCCCCCGGAACAGGCAACACUGAAGCGCAAGAAUGAGGAUAGUGAUGCCGACACGGAGGAAGACACCGAAGCAGAACCGGCAAAGAAGGCGAAGAAUGACGCCGUCAAUCAGGCCCUAAUGCGGGCCGGGCAAUCCGGAACAGUUCGCAUUGUCCCGGUGAACAAAUCCGGGACGCCCAAUCAGAAGGCCACCGUCAACGGGGCCACGGCGAAGGUUGAGAAGAAUUCCGCUGAAGUUGUCAUCACCAGUGUCAAGGAUAAGCCAACGGGUGUCAUGAGAAAGCCCGGAGUGACGGCAUCAGCUGUUCCAGCCAAGAAGGAAGCACAGGUGCACGUGGUUAGCAGCGGUGAGAGCCUCUCGAGUGGCAUUGUGAGGAUUAGUCCGGGAAGUAAGCAGCAGCAGCAAGUUCCCGGGAAGGUAAUGCCGAAGCUCGUGCCGCGUGUUACGCCGCAGACAACGCGUCAGGUUGUGCAGCGUCCAGGAGCUGCAGUGGCACGCACUGUAAGUACGCUGCAGCGUCCGGGAGUGCGACAGAUCUCCCCGCAGCAGCCGGUUGUGCGCAAUCAGACCAUCAUAAGGCGUAGUGUUCCUGCCCCAACGCAGCAGGGACGUACAAUGAUCACGCGCGUUGUGAAGAGUACCCCCAGCCCCAAAGCGGCCACUCCAGUGACAACAGAGGCAAAAGUAAUGGCUCUCAAUCGUCAAGGGGACAUCAAGGUUAUGCGCAAAGCCCCUCCGAAGGUGAAGGAGGAGGAAGAAGAGGUUGCUGUGUCAAGUAGCGAUCAUGAGGGUAUGGCCAGUCCGGAGCCGGCGUACACACUGUGCCCCAUGACGGGGGAGCUCCGGAAGCCGGGUGAGGAGAAGAAGGUGAAGAAGGAGGAGGAAGUGAAGAAGGAAAGUGAAACAGUGACGGCCAUUCAGACGGAAGAUGGGCAGAUACAGCAAUUGCUGACAAAUGAAGAUGGGAGCCCCCUUCUGGUUACAGGGGAAGAUGGGACGGUGUACCAGGUGGCGGGAAAGAAUGCCGAAGGGCAGACACUUCUCAUAGCGCAGGGAGCCGAAGGGGAGCAGCAGUGUGUCUACGUGGCGGCCGAAGAUGGGGAUGAGAGUCUUCUUGCACUAUCCGGGGAUGCUGUUCAGAACGACUCAAGUGGGCAGAUUGUGCUGAAGGAGGAGGGAUCAGGGGGCGCAGCAGCAGGUGGCGUUGAUCCCACGCAACAGCUGAUAAUCUCCACAGAUAGUGAUUCCCAAGAUGGGAAUAUUACGGCGGAAAUUGUACAGGCGGAUCAACCAUCACCCGGUGGGACGCGUCGUGUUGUCCUGAUGUUGCCCGAUGGGAAUUUUAUGAUGACAGAAGUGAAGUUUUAGAGCCCCUUUCCCCCCAAAAAAAAGUCUGUCCCCUCUCCCCCCUAAAUAUCCUCUCAAUUUUCUGAUGAGUACCCUUUGCUCCUCCCGCGGAGGGAAUUUAGCGCUGCUGCGAAGUCCUUCUGCCGCCCAGCCAGCUACUUUAAAUCAACAUAAAAAACAAACAAAAUACUUGAUAGAUUAUGUAGAAAAUAAAUGAAAAAAAAACGGAGGAAAUUAACAAAAUUUGAGGUAUUUCUUCCUCCAUUCCCUUCGUGUUUCUCAAUAAAUUCACUAAAAUUUAA